UCUUGCAAAAUCCAGCAAGAAAAAUCCUCCUCAGAAAGGUCUCCAAUGCGUAUGACCUCAUCUUCCUUCGCAUCCUACUCCACUCCAGGACUAUGCCAAUUUAUGGCCAUGCUCCCAACAGCAGGUCACCUCCUGUCCCUCCUGUUGAUGAUAGGCACAGGAGGUACUGUGCCCAGCCCCCUGGUGCCUCCCCGUGGCUGCUAUGUGGCAAAGGAAGCAGGUGAACAGACGUUCCGCUGCAGCCAGGCAGGUCUGAGGACUGUGCCCUCUGGCAUCCCCAACGACACCCGCAAGCUCUACCUGGAUGCCAACCAGCUGGCAUCUGUGCCUGCUGGUGCCUUCCAGAACCUGCCUGUCCUGGAGGAGCUGGAUCUGUCCCAUAAUGCCCUUGCCCACCUCUCAGGGGCGGCUUUCCAGGGCCUGGAGGGCACGCUGCGCCACCUCGACCUCUCUGCCAACCAGCUGGCCUCAGUGCCCGUGGAGGCCUUUGUGGGACUACAGAUCCAAGUGAACCUAUCCGCCAACCCAUGGCACUGUGACUGCGCCCUCCAGGAAGUGCUCCGGCAGGUGAGGCUGGCGCCAGGCACUGGGACAGGCAUCGUGUGUGGCCCAGGAGCCCGACCGGACCUCGUGGGGCAGGAGUUCCUGCUGCUGGCAGGGGAGGAAGAGCUGUGUGGGGCAGGGCGGGGCGGGGCCCGGAGGAGCACCGAUGUGGCCCUGCUGGUCACCAUGGGGGGCUGGCUGACACUUGUGGUGGCUUAUCUGGUGCGUUAUGUGUGGCAGAACCGAGACGAGACCCGGCGCUCCCUCAAGCGGGCCCCAGUGCUGCCUGUGCGUUCCGAGGAUUCCUCCGUCCUCAGCACAGUGGUCUGA